CCUGUAGUGAAAGAUUUCAGCUGCCCGCUAUCAUCCACCUGCUCUUGUGCAGAGGGGAGAGGAAAAACAUUCGUUCAAAAAAAAGAGAGAGGAGAGGAAAAACCAGAUCGUCAAUGGCGCAUGCGAAAGCAGGAGCGUCCCUGCAGGUGCCCAACGUGCAGGAACUCGCCCAGACUUGGAACGGAUCAGGCGAGCGGGUGCCUGACCGGUACGUCAGGAAGGAGGAGACCGCCGCCGAGGAGGUCGUCGCCGGCCGCGCCAUCCCGGUCGUCGACCUCAGCAGGUUGCUUGACCCACGGUCCUCGGAAGAGGAGCUCGCGAACCUCGGAGAUGCCUGUCAGCACUGGGGUUUCUUUCAGCUCGUCAACCACGGUGUGCCGGACGAGGUGCUCCAGGACGUGAAGAGGGACAUCACCGAGUUCUUCAACCUCCCGCUGGAAGCCAAGAAGGCGCACGCGCAGGUUCCGGGCGGCCUCGAGGGGUACGGCCAGGCGUUCGUCUUCUCCGAGACGCAGAAGCUGGACUGGGCGGACAUGAUCUACCUCAUGAUCAGCCCCAGGGAGGAGCGGGACCCGAGGUUCUGGCCCGCCCGGCCGCCGUCCUUCACGGGCUCCGUCGACAGGUACGCGGCGGAGACGGCGAGGGUGGCGGCGUCCUUGCUGCGGUCCAUGGCCGCGGACCUGGGCGUGGCGCCGGAGCGCCUCUCGGAGGCGUUCCGGGGGCUGCCGCAGAGCAUGAGGACGACCUACUACCCGCCGUGCCGGCAGGCCAGCGACGUGCUCGGGCUGUCGCCGCACACCGACGCCACUGGCCUGGCGCUGCUGCUCCACGUCAACGAUGUGCAGGGCCUGCAGAUCAGGAAGGACGGCAGGUGGCUCGCCGUUGACCCUCUGCCCGGCGCUUUCGUCGUCACCGUCGGCGACAUACUGGAGAUUCUAAGCAAUGGGAGAUACAGAAGCAUUGAGCACAGGGCCGUGGUCCACCCUGACAAAGACCGCAUCUCGGCGGCGGUGUUCCAUCAGCCGUGCCCCGACACGACGAUCGGCCCACUGCCGGAGCUGGUGAAGAAAGACAGCGGCGGGGCACGGUACAAAUCCAUGGAGUACAUGGACUUCAUGAAGAGCUUCUUCGCGGCGAAGCUCGAUGGACGGAGGAGCCACAUGGAUGCUUUGAGGAUCUAGUUGUGAAGUAGUAUUGUGUUAUUUUUUUUUAAACGAAUCUGGCAGGAGAGGUGAAGAGUCAAUUACUAGAAAAACUUUGUGAUUGCUUGUAGGAAAAAUAAAACAAAAUAUUGUGAUGCAUCAUGACAUGAAACGUGCACGUCUUUGUUUUUAUAGCCGUCUGUCAGAUAAUUUACACACUACAAUAAUGAACUGCGGUAUGCUCCGACUUUUUUUGAA